UUCGGGACGUGGUCGCAGAUAUGUGUUGUUGGAUGAGAUUUAUUUGCUCCUUAGCUUGGUUCGCCGCGAUGUCGGCGGGCCAGGAAACGGUUUCCGAAACAACACAGGCUAGCACACCUUCGUUAGCAACAACUAUGUCGGCCAUGAAGUCGACGAGUUUCCAGCCUCGUUAUCCUUACAUCGUCUCCAUCGGAGAGAACGUUAAAGGAUACUACAAGCACCUCUGCGUGGGCGUAAUACUUUCGAAUGAGUUUGUGCUCAGUGCUGCCCACUGCAUCAAGAUGAUGCCGAUCAAGCAAUUGUACGUGUCGGGUGGCGCCGAUACGCUCAACAGCCGGAAGCAGGACCGCUUCUUCGUUGUGGAAAAAAGAUUUCAUCCCCAGUUUAAGGUCCUCGGCGGCCACGACAUCGCCGUGUUGAGGGUUUAUCCCAAAUUCCAGCUCGACGAUGUCCGAUUUCGAAGUAUUAACUUCACUCGGAAGCUCCGAAGGGGUAGUGGCAUCAAGGCCUCGCUGGUUGGCUGGGGACGGGUUGGCGUCGGCAAGAUAAAGAAACUCCGGGAAAUGCCCUUCUUGACGAUGGAAAACGAUGAGUGCCAGCGAAGUCAUCGAUUCGUAUUCCUCAAACCGCUGGACAUCUGUGCGAUGCAUUUGAAAGGAUCUAAAGGUCCCUGCGACGGAGAUUCUGGAGCCCCCUUGAUGAAUGUGGCAAAAGAGAUGCUGUACGGAUUACUCUCCUACGGCAGGAAAGCGUGCACCCCAUUGAAACCCUAUGCCUUUACUCGCAUCAGUGGAUACUCGGGCUGGAUUCAGGAAUCUAUGGACUAUAUGGUUGCGAGACUUCAAAUCAUAAAAAUUAAUCGCACUGUUUGGAAAGACAGGUUUUAGAAGUUUUUUUUAAAA